CUUGGCAAUGCCCUCGUGCUUCUAGAAGCGUCGUAGAUGUCUUCUACUCAAAAGACCGGCACCUGUCCUCGGCAAGUGGCAUGUUACACCUCGCUUAUACCCUCGAUAUUGCGGCUAAACACUGACAGCAACUCCAUGACGACGGUGGUCCUACCGCUACCACAAAAAUAGCAGCGUGGUACCUUAUGCUUCGUCACUCAUGUCGACGGCGGCCUCCUUCCUGUGUGUUAAAGAUGGAUAUAACUUCUUCCCAGCCAUGCGAAACCGUUCCCUCUACCCUACCUCCAAUACCAGUACCUUAGUGAUCACGGUAUUUCCACUCACCACUGAACCCAACGAGCCAACCCAAGCGACACUACGAGACCUCCUACAACUAAGCAAGAAAGGCAAAAAAUGAAGCUCACCACCUCCCUCCUCCUCAUCCUCUCCCUCGCAACCGGCUACGGCACCGCCCCGGUCCUCGCCCAAGUCUGCGAAUGGUACCUCAACCCCGACGAUUGCAUCUGCAUGCUCUCAACCGAUGGCUCUCUUCUCCGCACCCAAACCGCCUCCUGCUGCAAAAGACUAGGUUACAAAACAAUGAACAGUAUCUGUGGUGUCGACCGUAGGAAUAAGCAACUCUUCAAAGAUUGUUGCAAGGGUUUAAAUCAGGAGAGUGUUAUUGGGCAUUGUCGCUAGGGAGUACAUAGAGAUCUUUGAAAGGAACCGACAGCGGCGGUUAAGAAGUGGCAACGAGGAGAUCAGGGGAAGGGAAAAGGAAGAGGAAGAGGAAGAGGAAGAGGAAGGCUUUGAGAAAGAAAGAGCCGAAAAAAGAGUGCUAUGGCUGAGUAACGUACCUCUAGGAACAUAACCUCAGACGUCAGACGUCAGAGCAAACCACCAAGUGUGUAGCGGUA